AUGCGUCUGUUCUUUGGUAAGAAGAAAGAGCAGAAGAAGUCGGCUCCUCCUCCACAACAGAACUUGCCCGAUGCAAUUAUGAAGAACAAGGAAGCGAUCGAAACGUUGGAGAAGCGCGAGCUGUUGAUUGAGAAGAAGAUGGCAAUACAGGAACAAGAGGCUCGUAUGACGCUAGAGCAGCAGAUAUUGUCUUUGGAGAGUAGUCAAACGACUGCAGUUGCUGUGCAAGCGUUGUCACAAGGCGUGUCGGCGCAGAAGACUAUGAAUCAGCAACUUAAUAUUGAUAAUAUUGACGAGCUCAUGGACGACAUGGCUGAGCAGCAGGAUCUGCAGAAUGAGGUUUCGCAGGUUCUGUCUUCGGGCAACCAAAUUAUGGAUGACGAUGAGUUGUUGAACGAGUUGGACCAGAUCGAGGCUGAGGAGUUGGAUAAGAAGAUGGUUGAUGCUGUACCGGUGCCGAGUGGUGGGGUUGUCACUGCUCCUGCUACGAGUAGCGCAGCAGCAGCUUCUGUGAAGGCCCCGAAGGUUAGCGAUGGGGCGAAGUCGAAUGCUAGUACAACAGCUGAGACGAGUAAGUGGGGGAAUGAGGCCGCUGCUCGUAGUGGGUCGAGACUUUUGUCCAUGGUCGUCUUCGGCUUGGAUGAUCGGCAAACCUAA